AUGAAGCGCUCCCCUGCAGACAGGUGUCUCCUGUCUCACCUGUCUCUCUCUCUCUCUCUCCCACAGGGAGCAGCAUGGAGGGCCCUCUGCUCUUCCCGGAGGAGGCCGCCCCCCCGCCGGCCGGCCCCGCCCCCCCGCUCCUCCAGGAUGCAGGUGCAGCGGAGCAGCGUGUGCUCGCGGGCCUACUUCGUGGUGGUGAUGGUGUUCUUCCACGUGUACAUCCUCAACGUCAUCGGCCUGCUGCUCUACGUGCACUACAACAACGGGCCCGCGGAGCUCGUGCGUGACGGCGGGGCCCCGCUGACCCCGCGUGACCCCGCAGACACGGAGCCGCACGAGGAGGACUACAGCCACGCGCACGGCUCCAGACUGCCACGCGUGGAGGGCAUCAGGGUGGGACAUGUCCAGCAGGUGUCCCUCAUGCCAGACAGGACACACGAGAUGAGGACGCUCAGCCUGAAACCUCUGCUCUUUGAGAUCCCCGACUUCCUGUCGGAGGAGGAGUGCCGCGUGGUGGUGCAGCUGGCUCAGCUCAAGGGCCUGAUGGAGAGCCAGAGGACGGCGCCCGGCCGGGGACAAGAGGAGUCCAACCAGCCUCUGCUCUCCAUCAGCACAGAGGAGGUCUUCAGUCUGCUGGACCUGAACCAGGACGGGCUGCUGCAGAAACAGGAGAUCGCGAGUCACUCGCGCUCUCGGGAUGGAACUUGGUUGAACCCGGACAACUUGAGGCAGAUACUCUCUGGUCUGGAUGCCCAUCCGACAGGGAUGCUGACCUUGGAGGACUUCAGACAUGUUUACGAUCAGUCCCAGCGUCCUGGACAACAGCGGAGCGGGAAACUACGGAGUCAGUUCAAACAGAGAAACAAACACACGUGGCUCCACCAAGGACCAGGAUCCCACCAUGUGCUGCAGACCCUCAGGACCAGACUCAUCAGUCUGACUCGUCUGCCCUCGUCAUUGGUCGAGCUGAGUGAGCCGCUGCAGGUGAUUCGCUACGAGCACGGAGACUUUGGCGACGCCCACCACGACAGCAGCGCCUCUCAUUCAGAGAGCACCUGUGCACACUCACGACUGGCGGGGAACACGUCAGCGCUCACAGAGGUCUCCUGCAGGUAUCUCACCGUGCUGCUCUACCUCAGCUCCGUAGAGGAAGGGGGUGAGUCCACCUUUCCCGUGGCAGACAACCGCACCUAUGAGGAGCAGGCGCUGUUACAGGAUGGAGUUGAUCUGACGGACACCCAGGAGACGUGCAGCAGAGGGAACAUCAGAAUACAACCUGCUGCUGGGACAGCUCUGCUCUGGUACAACCACCUCUCUGAUGGAAGAGGUUGGAUGGGUGAGCUAGACGAGUAUUCGCUGCACGGCGACUGCCCGGUCCGGCGUGGAGUGAAGUGGACGGCCAACAGCUGGGUCAACGUGGACCCGGAUCACCAGCAGCAGCUCCGCUACCAGAGACUAGUUGCUCAAAGGCAUCGAGCUAAGUCGGGCACGGAGGAGCACUACCAACCGCUCUCACACAGCGACCUCCACCAGGACCUAUAGCCGGGCCUUCUCACCGACCAGACAGAAACACCACCAUUUUUUUUAAAAAACUUGAUGAAGCUGGUGAGGCCUGACGACGAAUCUUUUUUAUGUCUGAAAUCGAAAUGAAAAAUUGCACAAAAGAGAAUCCCAGAUAUCUUCUCCUUUCAGUAAACGUGUCUCGCUUCAUAUUAUGUCACUCGAGCUGCUUUAAUGUUCACGUUUACUGAAUACAAGUAAAUCUAAUUAUGAAAGUUUGUAUAGGUUCAGAUAUAGAACUGUGGAAGGCAGAAUACAUAGUUUCGGUUUAUAAAUGACAAAUAAAUGUGAAUUAAACUUUAUAAAAUAUACUGCCAUCCAUUAAAUAGCAGCUUAAAUAAUCUGAAUAAUAUCCUAAAAAUGUAUCUCCCUUUGAUUUAGGUUUAAUGGUUUUUACUUAUUUAUUGUUAUAGAAUUAAAGCCUUUUGUUACAAGCCAUAUCAAAAUAUAUUUAUCUGUGAAUGUGUUCCUGAGGGAAAUCUUUUGAGAGGUAAUUCAUGUCUGUUCUGUUCUUCAGCUUCCAGAGUUUAUCAGCUUUUAUCAUGAAAUGUUAUUUAACAACUUUUUGUCACAUUGAAUGCAAACGGACGAGAAGAUCUCUUGUCACACUGGCUGUGGGAGGCCAGUCCUUCAGGUUUAACUCAAACUAAGGUCUAUGAUAUUCCAAAUGUUGUCUUGUUUUUUUCCUCACACGUCACAUAUUUAAUUAUCUGAGAGUAUUUAUUUAUUUGAAUGUUAUUUAUUUAAGUUAAAAGACUUGAUAUUUAUUAUAGCUUGAUGUUGCACUGAGUAUUUCACUGUAUUUUAAUGUAUUCUUUUCUGUGUUAUGAAAC